AUGGCGGAGACUGCUACGUACGACCCUCAUCAUCCCCUCUCACAUCCAAAGGCAGCGUUCACCAACCAUAUAGGACAGCCAGCCGCUGGAGGCUCAAGAGACGCUAGGAUAAGGGAAAGGGAAGCUCAACAGCAAUCAAACACUUGGCAACAACCGUCAGACAGCUAUGUAGAACCGAAUGGAAGCGAAGAUAUCCAGAUGGAUGAUCAUUUCGAAGCUGUCAAAUUAAAUGGUUCAACAUCACCUAGAAUCAACCCUUUCCACCUCUUAUCGCAUCCCAAUUCCACAUCACCUUUACCACCCUUACCACCGCAUCUGCAAGCCCUGACCACCGAGCCUCACUCUGAUGAAUCUCAACAACAGUAUUUCCAAUCCAACAACCCUAACAACGACUCAAUUACUGCACCAGUACAUAUAACCAAAGUUACACCCACCACCGUAGAAGUCACUUCGCAUACACCUGAGGGUACACAUAAAAGAGUGAUCAAGAAGAUCAGUAGUGUGUUUAAGAGGGAAUCUAACGAUCCCAUCUCACCUCCUGGAGGAAGAUCGCCCGUGAUGCAGGGACCACCGCCAAGCCCACCAUUAAGUGAGAAUGGCGAUUCGGUCUUCGCAUCGGAAACGACAGAUACGGUGGACCACCAUGACCACCAUCAACCAAACCAAGAUGAAAUCUUACUUUCACCGGUUGAUGAAAUGCCCGAUAACAAUAGUGGUAUACCCCCUCCGACAGAUAGUCCUUCAAUUGCGAAUACAUUUACGACCGAACCGAUUGAUUUGGGUGGAUCGCCAACUUCGUUAGCACCGCCUGUUCUGUCUGCGACGAGAAGGGUAUCAAGUGGAUCUGCGACGUCUAGCAGAGCAGGUUCGUUGACGAUUGUUAGAUCAGGUAGAUUGGCUCCCCAACGUGAUCAAUCUGAAACCUCAACCUCAGCUUCAACUUCAAAUGGCAACAUCGGAUUGGGAUUAUCGAAAAACUUGCCUGAUUUACCCACAGAUCAAGAUAGGAGGGGAAGUGAUGGAAGUAUACUGAGUGCUCCCAAACCUACUAGAAGAAGUACCAAUCCAUCACCUGUCGUCCCCUCAUCACCCAGAUCUCCCCUACCGCACUCUCAUUCACACUUCUCACCUUCUCCAUUACCUCAGAAUUCCAUGACACCCAUACCGGGCUUGGAGGGUGCGGCGUUAGCUUCAGAUAUAUUGGCUCAAACUGAGUUGUUGAGACAGAAACGAAUGGAGAAGAGACAGAAGAAAGCGAGUGCACAAAGUCAGAAUCAGACUCAAGGUGGAACAACACAGAUGGAAGGGGAUGUCGUUCAAGAGAAUGACGCUCAACAAUUACCACCACAACAAGUCAGUCAACAGCCAUCGUCAAGAGCGGAAGAGAGACCCAAAGAACCAGAAACCAAAGUUUUGGUUGGUAAUCUGAUAGGAGAGGACCAUGUAAACUAUGUCUUGAUGUAUAAUAUGCUUACGGGUAUCCGUAUAGGAGUAUCCCGUUGUCAAGCUAAGAUAAAACGACCCUUGACGGAUGAAGAUUAUGUGGCUAGACAUAAGUUCUCGUUUGACAUUGUCGGUAACGAACUUACACCUUCAGCCAAAUACGAUUUCAAAUUCAAAGAUUACGCACCAUGGAUAUUCCGAGACCUCCGAGACGAACAUUUCCAUCUCGAUCCCGCAGAUUACCUACUAUCCCUCACGGCGAAAUACAUCUUAUCUGAAUUAGGCUCUCCAGGAAAAUCGGGAAGUUUCUUCUAUUUCUCUAGGGAUUAUCGAUUUAUCAUCAAAACUAUCUCACAUGCUGAACAUAAAUUCUUAAGAUCGAUAUUGAAAGAUUAUCAUCAACAUAUAAAAACCAAUCCACAUACGUUAUUAUCUAGAUUCUACGGAUUACAUCGAGUCAAAUUACCCCGUGGUAGGAAAAUUCAUUUCGUCAUUAUGAAUAAUCUUUUCCCUCCCCACAGGGAUAUUCACGAAACGUAUGAUUUGAAAGGAUCAGCGUUUGGUAGAGAAUACCCUGAAGAUAAAGCUCGGCAAAACCCUAAGGCCGUAUUGAAAGAUAAGAAUUGGGUAAAUAGAGGAAGAACAUUAGAAUUAGGUCCAGAGAAACGAGCGUUAUUGUCGGAACAACUGAGAAGAGAUAUGGAGUUUUUGAAAAGAGUUAAAGUGAUGGAUUAUUCGUUACUGGUUGGAAUACAUAAUAUGGAAAGAGGUAAUAGAGAUAACUUGAGAGAAAAUCAAUUACAAAUGUUCCAUCCCGAAGUACCCCCACCAAGACGCAAACCAUCAGCGAUCAAACAAUCCAACGAAGCUUCCAAUGUCCGUAAAGCUGUUCGUCGAUCUGAUCCCAAAAUGUUAGAUGUCACCUCUCAAUUACCUUCAUCGGAUUCUGCGGAUCGAAGACAUUUCCUGUUCUACCAAGAUGAAGGUGGUCUGAGAGCUACGGAUGAGGCCAAUCAGAAUAUGGAUGUGAUCUAUUAUCUGGGUAUAAUCGAUAUCUGUACACCAUAUAAUUCGCUAAAGAAGAUUGAACAUUUCUGGAAAUCUAUGACUGAAGAUAGGCACACGAUAUCAUGUAUCGAGCCAGUAACGUACGGUCAACGAUUCCUGAAUUUCUUAUCGUCAGUGAUGAGAGGUGGAGAUAAGUCCUUGAGACCUUUGGGUUUGGAAGCUCCCUCUAGGGCAGAAGAGGAAGAACAACCUGUUGGUGAAGUGACUCAAAAUCAAACUCACGUACCGAAUCAAUCAGAAUCUCAAGCGAUCAACGCAUCACCUGUUGAUGUCGAAAAACAACAUCAUCCACGGGUUCGAUCGGAAUCACAAAUAUCACAAGUCAACUUGAACUCGAAUGUACAUAAACCACAACCUGAGCUACCUCAAUCCAAUGCUCAACAACCACAACUUAAUGGUGAUGCUUCAGGUAACGAUGGAAGACAACGUGAGAAAGAGGCGAACGAGGAAGAAAGAGGGAUCAACCCUGUUGCGAGGGACGUCGAGAAGAACGGAGUGGAAUUCGUUGUUUCAUCAUAA